AUGGGUGUUUCAGAUCCCAAAGAAGAGAAGGAAGAGGAGGACGUUUCCAGUGUCCUCAGCCACGGCUCUCCCGUCAGCAGACCCAGCAGAAGCUGGCGCAGCAGUAGGUCAGCCGCUGCCGCCCGCCAGCGUGACACGGAGAAUUCGCGUGCCUCCAGAUCCAAGACUGGUUCCCUGCAGCUCGUCUGCAAGUCGGAGCCAAACACAGACCAGAUUGAAUACGUGGUCACAGAAGAGCAUCAGUCUCCAGCUGGAGUCAGGAGCGAUGAUGACGAUGAGAUGCUCAUCAGUGAGGAAGAAGUUCCCUUCAAAGAUGACCCAAGAGAUGAAACCUACAAGCCCCAUCUAGAGAAGGAAGCACCAAAGCAAAGGAGAAAAGCUAGCAAGGGGAAGGAGGAAAAAGAGAAACAGAAAGAGAUUAAAGUAGAAGUGAAAGAAGAGAGCGAGUUUCAGGAAGAUGAAGAACCACCAAGGAAGAGGGGAAGGAGGAGAAAGGAUGACAAGAGCCCAAGGCUGCCCAAGAGGAGGAAGAAGCCUCCAAUACAGUAUGUCCGCUGUGAGAUGGAAGGCUGUGGCACAGUCUUGGCUCACCCCCGUUACCUGCAGCAUCACAUAAAGUACCAGCACCUGCUGAAGAAAAAAUACGUGUGUCCUCAUCCCUCCUGUGGUCGGCUGUUCCGACUCCAGAAGCAGCUCCUGCGGCAUGCCAAACACCACACAGAUCAAAGGGAUUACAUCUGUGAGUACUGUGCCCGGGCGUUUAAGAGUUCUCACAACUUGGCGGUGCACCGAAUGAUCCAUACGGGCGAGAAGCCCUUGCAGUGCGAGAUCUGUGGAUUCACCUGCCGACAGAAGGCUUCCCUCAACUGGCACAUGAAGAAGCACGAUGCGGACUCCUUCUACCAGUUCUCCUGCAACAUUUGCGGCAAGAAGUUUGAGAAGAAGGACAGCGUUGUGGCCCACAAAGCCAAGAGCCACCCCGAAGUGCUUAUUGCUGAAGCACUGGCUGCCAACGCGGGCGCCCUGAUCACCAGCACCGACAUCCUGGGCACUAAUCCUGAGGCCAUUGCGCCCCCCACUGAUGGCCAGGGCCUCCCCCUGCUUCCCGACCCCCUGGGAAGUGCUGCCCCGGCCGAUUGCCUGCUGCUGAGCCCCGACGGCAUGCCGAAGACAUACUGUGGUGGCACAGAGCGCGUCAGCCUGGUGGCUGACGGCAAGCUCUUUGUGGGCAGCGACAGCAGUGCAAACCCAGAGGGGCUGGUCAUGAACACGGAGAUCCUGGGAGCCACCACGGAGGUGCUCAUCGAAGAUUCAGACUCCACUGGACCCUAGUGGGUGGGGAGCACAUGGGUGCUGGGACAGUUUGGACUCUGUAUUUAAAAG